AAUUAAGGUUGUUCAUACGCAACUGUUCCCCGGAUGCAACAACAAUUAAUAACUAAAAUAAACACAAGAAAAUUACUCAAACCUGACUGAAACAGUACAGCAAUUCAAAAUCAAACACCGCUGCCCCAACUUGUGAUUCUUGCUGCUUCUUCUCAUACUCUUGGUUGCAAAACAGAGACUCAUCGUAUUCAAUGCAACAACAGAUUUCUUGUUGUUUCAAUGGAUGAUGAUGAUGAUGAUGAUGAUGAAGGGAUUUGCUGACUUUGGUCAUAUAGCAUGUGAUCUUUUGUGUGUGUGUAUUGUUUGUAAAUGAUUGAAGAAUUGUAUUUUGAGCUGUUGUUGUUUGAAAAUGGGUGUGAAAGAGAAAAGGGAAAGUCCCAUAAGCCCCGUGCUUCUGAAACUUGGUGCGGCUUUGGCUUUUUCUCUUGGUGGGAUUGUUUAUACCUUUUUUAGAAGUAAAAGAAUUAAGCCCUCUGUUCCAAAACCUGCACUGAAUUCUCCAGGUAAGGGCAGUCAGGUUUGUUCAAGAAGGGAAGAUGGUGGGGUUGCGGAUCGCGCUUUGCAGGAUUCGUCUCUCCCAAAAAUUGCUUCCCAGAAUUCCAUCAGUGAUCUCUCCUCAAGUGGUAGAUGCAAUGGAGAUAGAGAUGGUUUUCUCUUACCAGAGUUUAGUCAGCUUGUAAAAGAAUGUAAUAUGGUCCCCACAGAUGAUAUUUCUCCUGGGAUGAGUGGGCAAUCCUUAGCUCCCGAUGUAGCAUCACCUUUGGGAAACAAAUACGCUGAAGAUGAGGAACAAACCAGAGAUAUCAGGAGCCUAAGGAAUAAGGUUAAAAUUCUUGAAGAAAGGGAGAGGUACCUGGAGGUUCAACUGCUUGAGUAUUAUGGCCUUAAAGAGCAGCAAAAUGCUCUCAUGGAGCUCCAGAACCGGUUAAGAUUAAACAACAUGGAGACCAAACUUUAUAACCUUAAGAUAGAGUCAUUGCAGGCGGAUAACAGACGACUACAGGCACAAGUAGCUGAUUAUGCAAAAGUUGUGGCAGAGCUUGAAGCUGCCAAAGCCAAGAUAAAACUGUUAAGGAAGAAACUUAGGUCUGAUGCGGAACAAAAUAGGGAGCAUAUCUUGUCCCUUCAAGAAAGAGUGAUGAAGCUUCGGGACCCGGAAAUGAAGGCUGUUGAAGUUGAUCAAGAUGUGGAAAUGCAGCUAAAGAAAAGGAAGGAACUGGAGGAGGAGUUAGAGGAGAUGAAGAGGUCCAACGACAGUCUGAAGCUGGAAAAUUCUGAGUUGGCUCAGAAACUGGAGUAUUUACAAAUGCUUGCUACAUCUGCUUUAGACAAUGAAGAGAUACGAGCACUUAAAGAAGAAAGUCAGCUUUUAAGACAGAAAAACGAAGAAUUAAGGAAGGAAAUUGAACAAAUCCAAGCUGACCGGUGCACAGAUAUUGAAGAGCUCGUCUACCUCAGAUGGAUAAAUGCUUGCCUGCGUUAUGAAAUGAGAAAUUAUCAGCCGGGCCCAGGUAAAACCACUGCUAGGGAUCUCAGCAAAACAUUAAGUCCCAAGUCUGAAGAGAAGGCGAAACAGCUCAUUCUUGAAUAUGCAAAUAGAGAAGGUUCGGGGGACAAGGGACUUAAUAUUAGCGAUUUCGAUUCUGAUCAGUGGUCUACUUCUCAGGCUUCUUAUCUUACAGACUCGGGGGAACAUGACGACUUCCCUGUCGACAAUCUGCCAGCUAACAAGAUGAACCAUUCAAGCAAGACAAAAGUCUUGUCCAAGUUGAUGAAGCUGUGGCGAGGAAAGGACAAUCACCAUCAUUUUCAAACACCACACUCGCCUCCUGAAAGAGCUGUUUCUGUCAACGAUGGUCUAAGUAGAUUUUCUAGUAAUCUUCAUUCAGGCAUUUCACUAGGAAUAGACCCUGAAGCUGAGGGUCCCAUGAAGAGAACAAGAGCCUCAUCUGAGGAUUUCUCUAGACAUUCUUUCAAUCUCCAGAGAUCUCGUUCACAAGGUCAAAAGAGUACCCCUGGGCAAAGCAGCAACUGUUCUGGAAGAACCAGUGAUGAUGGUUCCUUGAGCAUCUUCAGAACAAUUGACUCGAUAAACGAUGAUGGUUCGUCCCCAAGCAUUCAGCCUCAGCAAGAUGCUCAAAAUGCAGAAAACACUGAACUGGUGAAAUAUGCGGAAGCCCUGAAAAACUCUCGUGGGAAAUCAUCAUUUCGUCGGAGAUCGGCCUCACUUAGCUCCUUUUGACAUCUUUGUUAGAGUUUUGCAUUCUUCUUUUUCCAAGAAAAUAGGUAAUAACAUUGUUGAAAGUGCACUGCUGCACUAAUUAUUGCAAGAGGGGUGCUCUGGAUAGGUAGGAUUUUGUAGCUGGUUGUGGCCUUUGUUUGAGUGAUUUGCAUAGAUAGUCAUGUAUGUAAAACCAUAGAUGCUUGAAAAUCAAUAUAGAAAAAGGUGAAGAUUGUAAAGAAAAUGAUGCUCAUAUACUUGCAGUAAUAAUUGUGUGCAAACAUUAAUGCAAA